ACCAGCCCAUCCAAACAGCUCGUAUCAUAAUUGCACAGACGGCAAAACGGGGGCUUAGACGACAGAACGCACUCUCUGGCAUCGAGGAGUUAAAUUUCGUACAUCACAUCAUGGCAAAGGGACCAACCAACGGUUUAGAUUUCAAGAAGCUGUGCGACACCUUCAGUGUUAUUUGCCCCGACUUUCGGCCUGGGGGCUCAUCGGAGAAGCUCCAAAGUGUGGAUUUUGCCAACAAGGUGCUCUUCGAGCUGGGCCCCAAGAUGCGGCAUGUGAAGCAAAGUGGCGAGGACCAGAUGUGGCGUUUGGUUUUCAGUGGCGGCAGCAGCGUUUACGUGCACACUUACACAUUUCUGCGUCCGAUCAAGAGCCAGCCCCAACUCAGAGACGGCAAGCUCUAUUUGACCAUGAAGCAGGCCGGCCUGCUAGCCGCCACCCAGCUGUGUGCCCUGUUGCCGGCGCAGCACAACCCGCGCGACAAGAUUCUGCUGACGCCGCUCUCUCGCGCCGUCUUUGAGCCCCAGAGCAUUCCGAAGAUCGCGGCUGCCUUGAGUGCUCUCAGGCGUCGUGUGGUGGACGUCGCGUAUGUGGUUGCCGCUGUGGUCAGCAGUUGCCAGAGCGACGGCUUCCAUUUGCAGCACAGCCAGUGCGCCAUAGCCCUGGUGGCCAUUGGGGCGACCACCAAAGAUCCCAAGGCACGCAAGAGAAUGCGUUCGAAGACGCUGAAGCAGUACUCGCAUCGCGGCAAAGCCUUUCACUCGGAUGAGUACAAGAUCUAUGCAGAGCACUCGAAGAUGGCACGCCAACUGGCAGCUGAAUCACCCAUAUCCCCCAUUCCCCCCUUCCCAGACGUACCCAAGCCCCCGCGCAGACGGGAUGUGGCCGUUGUGUUGCGCAGCAUUGCCAAGUCCCCGAAUGAUCCAUUGAGUGGCGACACCAUUGACAUUAAAUUCGUCGCUUCCGCGAAGGAGCAGGACGAGGAUGUGGUGGCGGGCAUGUCCGCAUCCGUGGAUGUUCGCCUAGAAGGUAUAAGCAUGGAGCGAAUGAGAUUCAAGCUGCUCUCCGCUGAAAAGUAAUCACAUUUAUUACAUU